AUGAAGACCAUUUCAUUUUUGUCUCUGCUUCUCAUUUCCCUGGCUGCGCUGCAGAUGCACGCCAAUGCAUCCCAGGAGGCUCAGUUGAAAGCCUUCAUUUCUUCUAGCAAGAACAGCGUUAGCAGUACGGAUACAUUCAAAGUCCGUAACAUAGCUGACAGGGUUGCCGCCAGCCUGAGUACAGAGAGCUCUCUCUCUGACCAGAGUUCUCUGAAGGCAGCCGACAAGAUCACGGCGUUGCCGGGGCAGCCACAAGGAGUGGACUUCGACCAGUACGGUGGGUACGUGACCGUGGAUGAGGAGAACGGCCGCGCGCUCUUCUACUACCUCGUGGAAGCGCCUUCCGGUGCUGCAGAAAAGCCACUCGUCCUGUGGCUCAACGGAGGUCCAGGAUGCUCAUCGCUCGGCUACGGGGCAAUGCAGGAGCUCGGCCCGUUCCGCGUAUCUGAAGACAACAAAACGCUCACUAGGAACGUGAACGCCUGGAACAACGUCGCUAAUGUGAUCUUCCUGGAGUCGCCUGCCGGUGUGGGAUUCUCCUAUUCGAACACAUCUUCGGACUACAAUCUCAGCGGAGACGAGAGAACAGCUGAUGACGCAUAUGUCUUUCUGGUCAAAUGGCUGGAGAGGUUCCCGGAAUACAAGGGCCGCGCAUUCUACAUCUCCGGCGAGAGCUUCGCCGGCCACUAUGUGCCAGAGCUCGCCGCCACCAUCCUGCUCCACAACACCUACAACAACAGAACCAUCGUGAACCUGCAGGGCGUCCUGGUCGGAAAUCCAUACCUUGAUGCGAACAGGAACAUUAAGGGAGGGCUUGACUUCCUCUGGACCCAUGCAAUGAUGUCCGACGAGGUGUACCAGAAUGUCACUAAAAACUGCGACUUCGACAACCUGAAUGGUACACUCUCGGAGCCAGCAUGCCGUGGCGCUUUGGAUGGGUUCCACUCAGGUCAUGUUAGUGCCUACAACAUAUACGCUCCAGUUUGUCUCCGCGCGUCUAAUGGAGCGUACUACCCCAGCAGCUACUUACCUGGGUAUGAUCCAUGUAGCGACUAUCCUACCACCGCCUACCUCAAUGACCCGGCGGUGCAGAGCGCCUUCCACGCUAGAACAACUGAGUGGGCAGGCUGCGCAGACUUGGACUGGAACGAUUCGCCAAUGUCCAUGCUCCCAACAAUCAAAUUUUUAAUCGAGCACAAGCUCCCAGUUUGGAUAUUCAGUGGUGACUUUGAUUAUGUGUGCUCGCUUCCGGGCACGAGGUAUACUAUCCAAGACCUUGGCCUCCCUGUCACCACUUCAUGGCGCCCAUGGACUGCAAAAGAGGAGGUCGGUGGCUAUGUUCAGCAGUACUCCGGUGGAUUCACAUUUCUCUCUGUGAGGGGAGCUGGCCAUAUGGUUCCAUCCUUCCAGCCCGAGCGAGCCCUGACAAUGUUGAGCUAUUUCCUCCAAGGAGUGCUCCCACCUUACAUUGAGCAACAGUGA